CAAACUAACGAGCGCUCGGCACUCAGAGACCUCAGGAUGAAAUGAGUGAAAAUGUGCACAUUUUAGUUUUUGUUUGAGGGAUACGAGGAAGAUGCACAGUUCACGGGACCGCGCUACAGUGGUGCGACCCGGCACGCCUCGCGUGUCCGUAACGGAACUGAGCGGAUGUGAUCAGAUAAACCCCACACCUUCAAUUAAUGAAGAUUCUGAGCUACUGGCGGAGCUCUGUCUUUCUCCAGAGAAGCUGAAGGACCUGACAGGCACUCCUGACCUGCGAAACGUCACCACCAUGGAGAUGUGUGUGGACACACGGGAGAACACACUGGGCAACUUUGGUGCCUACUUGCCCAGGCUAGUUCAGCUGAAGAUGAAUAACAGCUUGAUUAUGUCUGUGAGGGACCUCGGAACAACCCUCUCCCACCUGCAGGUCCUGUGGAUGGCUCGCUGUGGUCUAGCUGACUUGGACGGAAUCCCCUCCUUCUCCUCUCUCAAGGAGCUGUAUGUGGCCUAUAACAACAUCUCGGACCUGGGUCCGAUCAGCAUGCUGGAUCACUUGGAGCUCCUGGACCUGGAGGGCAACAGUGUUGACGACAUCACACAGGUGCAGUACCUGGGCCUAUGCAGUCAGCUAAGCAACUUGACCCUGGAGGGGAAUCCCAUCUGCACGCGACCACACCCGGGCACCUCCCAGACGGAGCAGUACAGCUACAGGGUGGCUGUGAGGGAACUGGUCCCACAGCUGCGUUACCUGGACAACAUUCUGGCAGGGGACACAGAGUCCCACAGUGGCGGCACCAGCGUCGAGGACUGGGAUCUGCUUAAGGAGUGCAUCAAGGACAGCAGUCCUCCAGGCAGCCAGGAGGAGACAGCAGAAGAGAAGGCAGCCAGUCUGUGCUCCUACCCACAACCAAACUCUGUCCAGCACCCAGCAACUGCUAUCUCUGGCCCCCGUCCCUUCAGUCGAGCUUCUGGCUGCCCCGCCAGCACCAGGUCUGUCUCAUCCCCUUUGUCAAGGCCUGGGUCAGCGGACUCGGACCCACCCUGUCUGGACCAGGAUGCCAGCAGUCUGACCCAUGGCGUUGGGCGAGUGAUCUGUGGGAACCCGGUGCAGGCCCUUCGCGCCCGCAGACAGAAGAUAGGCCUCUCUGCUCUCUCCUCCCCCUCCAUCUCCCCCGCCCUCCCCACCUCAGAGCACACCUUUGACCUUGAGGAGUGGGAUGGCCAGGACCGCAGUGACGUGUUCUCUGAACUGAGAGUCUGGAGGAAAGAGCACAGCAAACGUCUGCAGGCCAUUGAGAAGGAGCGACAGCCACAGGUGAUGAAGAUCUCCCACAAGGAUGAGAAAGAGGAUGAGGAAGAGGAGGGUGUGGGCCAUAGCCUGAGCCUCACCAGUGAUGAUGAAGAGAAUGGAGGGAAAGCAGGUCAGCUAAACACAGCCUCCCCUGACUCUUCAAUCAACUCUCCUCUCCCUGAUGUGCUGUUCGAGACAGAGGCUGUUUCUCCUGAAAUCUCCAGGCUCUCCCUCUCACCAACCCCCCCCCUGAGCCCGUCUCCGCCCCCUGGCCUUAUGGUGCCCCCCAGUGGUCGGAGUGGGGCAUCAGCAGUGCGAGUGCGCAGGCUACGGGUAAAGGUCUCUGUUGUGGAACCGUUGAGGGCUGAUGAGGAGGUGGCUGUGACGGAGUCCAGAGCAGUGGGAGGCAUGCCUACUCUGGAGGAGAGCAGGACGAGGAAGCCCAACCUCUGGCCAGACCUGGGUGCCCACAGCUCUCCAUCUCCAAGACCCAUGUCCAGUCCUGUGGUCAGAGGACCCCCAAUUCCACGUACCAAUGCAGAUGAAGGCUGCCGGCAGCCAAUCAAUGGACAUCAGCCCGUCAUCUGUUCUUCAGCAAUGACACCAGAGAGGACAGGGCCCCCACAGCUAACACACCCCCUCACAGCCAAGGCUGUCCUCCAGAGGCUGCCAAAUCGCCUGGCACUCUCACCCAGCAAGGGCCCCUCCCACUAGCAGGUGGUGGUGUGUAGCAAAGGAGAA